AUGCGUUUACUCAACUUAGCCGUUGCCUCUGCGUGGGCUCUGUCAAACCUAUGUGUUUCACAAGUCAUCAUUACAGUUACUAGGGUAGUCACUGUUGAUCCUCCCCAAUGGACGUCUACAGUCACCGAAGCGACCACGGUGACGAAGUCCGGCUCAGUACCGCCCGGCCAUACAACAACUAUCGUCACCACUAUUUAUGUAACUACGACUCCGAAAGCACCGACACAGACGCCAACUAUCACUACUGUUUAUGUAACUACGACUCCGAAAACAACUACACCAACUUCCCAGGCACCAGACCCAAACACGACAAAAUGUCCUGUCCCAUUGUAUUACCAAUGCGGGGGCGCAAACUGGAAAGGUUGCAAAGUUUGUGAGAAGGGAGCAGUUUGUGUAAACCAAAAUGUGCGUCAGUUCUGCCUAAUUGAGUCAACCUGGAGGCAUAAAACCUUCAAAAACCAAAUGGUAGCAGGAAAUGGCAGCCGCGAGACCCGCAACCGAAGAUACUCGUCUCUAGAACCGCCGUCUGCUAUAUUCCCGUCAAGGGCAUAG